UUCGCUUCAGUCGCAAAGGAAAGCGCGAAGUGUAUACAGCGUGCCAAAACCCGAUAUUCCCGAGUGACAACGUGAUACGAAUCGCGUACACCAUAAUUUUGUCUAUUGCUCAAUAUUGUUUCGUAAUACCAACGUGUUAUAAAAUAAUAUAAAUUUUGAAUUGUGUUUUGGAUUGUGAACGGAACUGUGUGGACAAGAUGUUGGACAAGUCCAUCCUAGGCGGUAGUUGGGAGAGCGUGAUCUCGAGAGACGACUACGAGAUCGACUACAGUCCAAGUCCAAGAGGAUCACCUCUGAAGGAAACAACCAAUAUCCAGGAGGAGCAGCCUUACUUGAUCAGUCGCCACAAUCCUAACAAGACGUUCCGUCGUGAGUCCGUCAUUGCUUCCUGGAAAAGUUUAAAGAAGGAGCGAGAACAGGCCUUAGGGAAACGUGUCGUGUAUGUCGACGCUGAUAGUUAUGAAGAUUAUUACGGGAGGAACGAAGUCAAACGUUGUAAAAGCGAGAGAACAGCAAACGCUCCUCGUGUUCUCAAAAAGGUCAAACGUACAUAUUCCGUAUUGUAUAGAUACGACCCGAACGAGGAAAAGGUUGUAAAGGAAUACAAAUACCAACCGGCCAAGGAACCUGAAAUGUCAACGAUCACAAACCUUCAGAAAUCUUACUCGGAACCAUUUCUGAGACCCGAGAGAACACCUAAGAAGAAGGUAAAGAGAUCUAUCACAACGUUCCUUAACAUCAAGACGAAGUUAGUCAGCUUAUUCUCGUCCAAGAGUUAAGAUUAGUUUUUUUAGUUAUUAGGAGAAUAGUUGCUCAAUUUAAUGCAUUUUCCUUAGGUUAAGUAAAAUGAAACCAUAGUUCAGAAUGUUGUGGUUACGGUGGUUCAAUGUGCUUGAUAUCUCAUUUAAUUAAGAAUAGAAAGUAGUUAUUAAGAACAAGUUCUGGCUGGGUUAGUAAAACCUGUAAGCGUCUUCCUUGAAACCAAUUAUCUUGGUUAAAUUUUUGUUAAUACAUUUACUUGAGCACAAAUCAACUUCAUCACAGAAGUUUUUAUGGAAGACGGAAAGAGCCAAAGGAUAUUUAUAAAAGUUUAC